AUGAACUCCAUUGGUCCAGAAGAGAAUAAGCCAAUUUUAAGAAUGUUGUUGGCAGGAGUAGCUUCAAUUGCGGCAGGGGGAUCUACUCAUCCAGUUGAUACAGUUAAGGUGAGAUUGCAGAAGGAAGGAGAAGGAUAGUCUUCUGUUAAAAAAUACAAGAAUAUCAUAAGAGGAUCAUAUGUAAUAUACUAAGAGGAAGGAAUGCGUGCAUUAUACAAAGGAUUAUCAGCAUCAUUAGGUAGAGAAGCUACGUAUUCAACUUUGAGACUUGGAUUGUAUGAGCCAUUUAAGCAUAUGAUAUCUAAUGAUGGAGAGAAGACUUCCUUGGGAGUCAAGUUUUUCGCAGGUUUGAUGUCUGGGUCUACUGGAGCAAUUGUUGCAAAUCCAUGCGACGUUUUAAAGAUUCGAUUGCAAUCUAUAUCUGGCCAUCAUCAAUCAGUAUUUGCUGAAAUUACACAAAUAUUACAUCAUGAGGGGAUUCUGGGUUUGUAUAAGGGCACAAUGCCAAAUUUACUGAGAGGAGCAAUUCUCACAGGCACCAAAAUGGCCACUUAUGAUUAGACUAAAUAGUGGUUGAAAGAACAUUUUGCAUUCAAAGAGGGAUUCAGUCUUUAGUUCGUAUGCUCGUUUGCUACAGGAUUGAUGCUCUCUAUUACAACUGCACCUAUGGACUUAAUUAAAACCAGAAUCAUGUCUUAAGAUGCUGGUCAUAAAGUUUAUAAUGGACUGAUGGAUUGUGCAAUCAAGACAUUUAAAUAGGAGGGUCUAGGUGCAUUCUAUAAAGGGUUUUUCCCUUAAUGGAUAAGAUUCGGACCAUUUAAUAUUAUAUAACUUAUUGUUUGGGAAUAAUUACGGACAUUUUGUGGAAUUAAAAAUAUAUGA